AAGAGUAUUGAAGGAACUAGCAGAAGUUAUUUCAGAACCACUGGCAAUCAUAUUUGAGAGUUCUUGGAGAACAGGAGAAGUCCCGGAAGAUUGGAGGAGGGCGAAUGUGGUCCCUAUCUUCAAGAAGGGGAAAAAGAACGACCCAAACAAUUACCGUUCGGUCAGCCUCACGUUGAUACCAGGCAAGAUUCUGGAAAAGAUCAUUAAGGAAGUGGUCUGCGAACACUUAGAAACAAAUGCGGUCAUUGCUAAUAGUCAACAUGGAUUUACCAAAAAAAAGUCAUGUCAGACUAAUCUGAUCUCUUUUUUCGAUAGAGUUAUGAGUUGGGUCGAUACAGGGAAUGCUGUGGAUGUAGCGUACCUGGAUUUCAGUAAGGCCUUUGACAAAGUUCCCCACGACCUUCUGGCAAACAAACUAGUAAAAUGCGGGCUAGACAAAACUAUGGUUAGGUGGAUCUGUAAUUGGCUAAGCGAACGAACCCAAAGGGUGCUCACCAAUGCGUCGUCUUCAUCUUGGAAAGAAGUCACGAGUGGAGUGCCGCAGGGCUCCGUCCUGGGCCCGGUUCUGUUCAACAUCUUUAUUAACGACUUAGACGAAGGGUUAGAAGGCACGAUCAUCAAGUUUGCAGACGACACCAAACUCGGAGGGAUAGCUAACACUCCAGAAGACAGGAGCAGAAUUCAAAACGAUCUUGACAGACUAGAGAGAUGGGCCGAAACUAACAAAAUGAAGUUCAACAGGGACAAAAUGGAAUGCAAAGAUACAGAAUGGGGGACUCCUGGCUUGACAGCAGUGUGUGCGAAAAAGACCUUGGAGUCCUCGUGGUCAACAAGUUAAAGAUGAGCCAACAAUGUGAUGCGGCAGCUAAAAAAGCCAAUGGGAUUCUGGCCUGUAUAAAUAGGGGUAUAGCAUCUAGAUCCAGGGAAGUCAUGCUCCCCCUCUACUCUGCCUUGGUCAGACCACACCUGGAAUACUGUGUCCAAUUUUGGGCACCGCAGUUGAAGGGAGAUGUUGACAAGCUGGAAAGCGUCCAGAGGAGGGCGACUAAAAUGAUUAAGGGUCUGGAGAACAAGCCCUAUGAGGAGCGGCUUAAAGAGCUGGGCAUGUUUAGCCUGCAGAAGAGAAGGCUGAGAGGCGACAUGAUAGCCAUGUAUAAAUACAUGAGGGGUAGUCAUAGGGAGGAGGGAGCAAGCUUGUUUUCUGCUGCCCUGCAGACUAGGACACGGAACAAUGGCUUCAAACUACAGGAAAGGAGACUCCACCUGAACAUCAGGAAGAACCUCCUCAUUGUGAAAGCUGUUUAGCAGUGGAACUCUCUCCCCCAGAGUGUGGUGGAGGCUCCUUCUUUGGAGGCUUUUAAGCAGAGGCUGGAUGACCAUCUGUCGGGGGUGCUUUGAAUGCGAUUUCCUGCUUCUUAGCGGGGGGUUGGACUAGAUGGUCCAUGAGGUCUCUUCCAACUCGACUAUUCUAUGAUUCUAUGAUUCUAAGUUGAGAGUUAACCCAGCUCGGUCAUUCUGUAAAUCUAGCCCUGCCCAUGGAAUCCAUUUCCAGUACUGAGAGUAGUUUGAUUCUUCUCCAUGUAUACUCUUGCCAAAAUCUUUACUCAUCUUUGGCUCUCCAAUAGCCACUGCUGACGCACAGACCUAGAUGUUGAGGGCUGACCUGGACUCCUCUGUUUCUCUGCUAUGCUCAAGGUCUCCCGACCCAGCUGUCCCUCCUUCCAAGUUCAUCCUUUUCCAUUGCCUCUGUACAAGGGGAAGGCCGGCUAUUGUGUACCAGGAAAUGGCAGCUCCCUACCCGCCUGCCCUGAUCUCACACAGCCCAGCCUGGCUCCAGUCUCAUUGUUUCCAGCUUCACAUCCUCCUGUCUCAGGCGGUCCUGAAGGCUCAGCUGGUCGAGGGAGACUGCUAAAGCAGAUGGGCUGAAGUCGUGUUUAGCAUCGGCGGUCGGGCAGGCGCCUCUCGCCCUGUGGAGCCAGCCUCAGCAACUUCAGCAUGCUGCCUCACUUGGCCAAGACUCUGGGGCAUAAGGGAAAUUAAUGGCACUGUCCUCUGCAUAGACAUGAAGCCCCGGAGUGCUGUGGAGUCUCUCCUAAGAGCCCUGGGGAGAAGAGAGAGCGCCCGAAUGCCAAGCAGACUCCGGCCUGGGAAGGUGUCUGAGCCUCACAGCUUCAAAGAGAAAGUCUUUAAGAAGAAGAAAAAGGCUUGUGUUGUGUGCAAGGAAUCUAUUGAGGCCCAGGGGCUUGUCUGUAAAGUGUGCAAAGUGGCAAGCCAUAAAAAAUGUGAAGCCAAGGUUCCAUCGUCCUGCCAGCCCCUCCCUCCGCCUGAACUGAGGCGGAACACAGCCCCAGUCCGGCGCAUUGAACAUUUGGGUUCCACCAAGUCGCUCAAUACUGCAAAGCAACGGAACACGCUGCCCCGGAGUUUCAGUUUGGACCACGUAAUGGAACGCAAAUAUGACUUUGACCUCAUCUACAUCACUGAGCGCAUCAUUUCAGUCUUCUUCCCCCCUGCCUUGGAAGAGCAACGUUAUCGUGGCAAUCUCCGGGAGGUAGCCCAGAUGCUAAAAUCCAAGCAUGAGGACAAGUACAUGCUCCUGAACCUUUCAGAGAAACGGCAUGACAUCAUCAGGCUGAACCCAAAGGUGCAAGAUUUUGGCUGGCCAGACCUGCAUGCCCCACCACUGGACAAAAUCUGCUCCAUCUGCAAAGCCAUGGAGACCUGGCUCACCUCAGAUCCUCAGCAUGUGGUUGUGCUUCACUGCAAGGGCAACAAGGGGAAGACAGGCGUCAUUGUAGCAGCCUAUAUGCACUACAGCAAAAUCUCUGCAAGUGCAGACCAGGCCCUCAGCACCCUGACUAUGCGCAAGUUCUGUGAGGAUAAAGUGGCAGCCUCCCUGCAACCUUCCCAGAAGAGAUACAUCCAUUAUUUCAGUGGGUUACUCUCAGGCACAAUCAAGAUGAACAGCAAUACGCUUUUUCUUCAUCAUGUCCUGCUCCCAGCUAUCCCUACUUUUGAGGCUGGAGGAGGUUACCAACCUUUCUUGAAGAUCUACCAGUCCAUGCAACUGGUCUAUACCUCUGGGAUCUACAGCCUCCAUGGCACAGGUGGGACUCAGAAGCUCUGCAUCACCUUGGAGCCAGCCUUGCUCCUGAAGGGGGAUGUCAUGGUGAAAUGCUACCAUAAGCAACUCCAGGGAAAUGAACGGGAUGUUGUAUUCCGGGUCCAAUUCCACACUUGUACCAUUCACAGCACCCAACUCUGGUUUAGCAAAGACGAGCUGGAUGAAGCUUGGAGAGAUGAACGAUUUCCCUUUGAAGCAAGUGUGGAAUUCGUCUUCUCUUCUAGUCCAGAGAAAAUCAAAGGCCGAGAAGCCUAUAGGAACAAUGCUGCCGUUGGAGUGGAUUACAGCAUCUCUGACCCUAUAGUGCGCUGGGACUCCUAUGAGAACUUUAAUGUGCACCAUGAGGAUAGUCUAGAAGAUGUCUUGCACACUCGAGGCCCUCUGGAUGGAAGCCUUUAUGCCAGAAUCAAGAAGAAAGGAGACCUCAGCAACUACUCUUCCACCAACGGCAGCCCCAGCAGUCCAGAGUCUCCUCCGCAGCAAGAUGGGCGCCUCUUGUCCAUCAGCAGUGAUUCAGGACACUCCUCUAUGCUGACUGAGAAGACAGAGGACAACACACCACCAUCCAGGCCACAGCCCACUGCUGCUGAGAAGGAAGAACUGGACAGGCUCUUGGGAGGAUUUGGCGUCCAGCCUCGGCAGCCAAGUGAGGGAAACGGUUCUCAUAUCAUUUCCCCUUCUGCCUCUAAAGACAGAGAAACCGCCAUUUUGGAAGAUGAACUAUCAGACAUAAGUCAACCUGCGAUCCCCUUUUCCUACCAAACUCAACGCCCGGGCCUGGCCCGCCAUUGCUCCUGCCGCCUUGGUUAUCGCUCCCACAGCCCUGAAAGGCCUCAUCAUGUAGCCUACUACAGACCAGAUGGCACUCUGGAGCGGAGGCAGCACAUCUAUAAUGGUGGCCAUUCCCAUGCGCGACCGGAGAGCUACGAGGAAAAGCGACGAGCAUGUCGCUCCCUUUCCGAGGGAAUCCAACCCCAUUCCUAUCCUUUCAGUCACGAACCACUGCCCCCUCACAGUCCCGGACGUCGGGAGCAUGAUGAGCCGCUGCUAAUCCUGGAAGACCCACCCACUUUCUUGUGCCCCUGCCAAGACUGCCAAGAGGCAGCCCGAGAAGAAGCAAGACUGCCCACGGCCUCCUUCUAUAAUCUCCGUCUGGACCGGGAACCUGACCUGUGGGGCAUGGAGAGCCCAAGGCCACCCCUGCUUCAUCAUCCCCUCCACCGGGGUGGGCAGCCUGUGCCUCUUCUGAUGCCAGCUGCCUAUGGGCACCACCACCACCACAUGCCCCAUGGGCAACAUCAGGCUUUCAGCUUUGAGCCCAAGAUGAUGGCAGCACAUCUCAGCCAUGGCUACCCAACCCACCAGAGGUCAAAAUUCACAGAAGAAGAAAUUGAUGCAUUUGCCUACCCUCGUUACAGCCCUGUCUACCCACCUCCAAUAGCAUCAUAUGGCUAUAGCAGAGCCCCAGUCAAGACCUGUGUUUCCCCUUACACCUCAGGCUACUCAGGGUCUCCCCACUCAGGCUCUACUUCGCCAACCAGCCCUCUGUAUCCACCAGCUAGGAAGCAUGGCUAUGAGCCGCCAGAGAGCAGCGAUGGAUAUAUACUCCCACUGGCCACUGAAAGGCCACGGGAUCUGCAAGACUGCAGGGAGGCCAUGUCUUGGCAGGAGGCUCCCAGCUCCCUGCAGCAACAUCGGCAGGAGGGACGUGCUCCUUGCCCUGACGUGUCCCGCUCUCCUAUGCACACCAGCAGCCCAGUAUUCAGCAAUGACAGCCCUGGAACACAUAAGCACAGCAGCAAGACCGCCAGCUCUCCUGAAAACUUGCACCAGCCCAGCCCCGAAGAACUGGCUACGCCUAGCUGGAAAAGAGGGCCAGAGAAGGUGGCUCCUUCGUCAAGUAGCCCCACACAGACUGUGUCCCCAAUGCAGGCUUUCACACACCUCCCCACCUUAAGGCCCCAAGCCAAUGGCACAUCACCCCCGAAGAUGGGCCUUCAGUCCCCUCAGCCAUGUUCCCGUGCCACUUGUGCAUCCAGCUCACCGCACGUUGCUCCUUCACCCACCGCCAAACAUGGCAUCUUCCCAGAGGGCCAACUGCAUCAGAAUGGUUUAGAGAUAACAAGCUCCUGCAACUCAGCGUUGUCCAGUGCGCUGCCUGCUGAAGAUCAUUUAGGACACCGACUUAGCUCUGUCGUUGAGAGACAGGCCCAGAAGAGCAGCUCAGGGCUUCCCUGCCAUAGCCAGCCCUCUCCCGGCUGCAGGACUGUACCCAGCACUCCAUCUUCACCUCAGGUCACUGCGGUCUAUAAUGGCCGCCCCCGUGGUGAGAGAACAGAGCCUGAGAUGAGCAACUUCCUUCAUUGCCCAAGCAGAAACCCCUCUCUCGGGCCCUGCUCAGUCAGUGUACAGUCAACAUCCCUUAGUUAUGGUUUUGCUGACAUGCAGGGCUCACCCACCCCAGCCUUCCCCAUUGCAACAGCCUACUACACAGGGGCAGAAAGCAGCCCCUCCAUCCGGGAGCAACUCUGCGAACCACCGCAACCUCCACUGCCAGAGAAACAUCACACCCUGGCAACCAGAAACUGGGAAAGGAGUUCACCGCCAGGCCGGAGCCCUGGCUCUGCUCAUCAUGUCACCUUCGCGCCUGGAGUACCUGAUGGCAGCACACCUGGCUCAGAUCCAUCACAGCAAGAAAACCAAGUGAGCGUCAAAUUCGUCCAAGACACAUCAAAGUUCUGGUACAAACCUCAUUUGUCACGGGACCAAGCUAUUGCCCUCCUAAAGAACAAAGAGCCAGGCACUUUCCUUAUUCGGGACAGCAACUCCUUCCAGGGAGCUUAUGGCUUGGCUCUCAAAGUGGCAACACCUCCACCCAACAGCAUAAACCACUCCACCAAAGGAGACCCAGCUGAGCAGUUGGUGCGCCACUUCCUGGUUGAGACCGGGCCCAAGGGAGUGAAGAUCAAGGGCUGUAACAAUGAGCCCUAUUUUGGAAGCUUACCAGCCCUGGUCUCCCAGCACUCCAUCACCCCCAUCUCCUUGCCUUGCCGCCUCCACAUCCCAAACAAAGAUCUUGUGGAGGAAAGCCCAGAGCUGGCUGUCCCCACCAAUAUGAGCACAGCUGCUGAUUUGCUGAAACAGGGAGCAGCCUGCAGCGUGCUUUACCUGAGCUCUGUAGAAACCGAGUCCUUGACAGGUCCACAGGCUGUGGCUAAGGCAACCACCAGCACCUUGAGCACCACCCCUCGUCCUUCCGCCUCCGUUGUGCAUUUCAAGGUGUCAGCCCAGGGCAUCACCCUCACGGACAAUCAGAGAAAGUUGUUUUUCCGCCGUCAUUAUCCUGUCAAUACUGUCACUUUCUGCAGCACGGAUCCCCAAGACCGCAGGUGGGCCAACCCAGAUGGCACUACUUCCAAGGUCUUUGGCUUCGUAGCCAAGAAGCAAGGCAGCCCCUGUGAGAAUGUCUGCCACCUCUUUGCUGAGUUAGAUCCUGAGCAACCAGCAUCGGCCAUUGUCAAUUUCAUCACUAAAGUUAUGUUGGGGACUCACCGGAGAUGAAAAUCACUGAGAUCUCCAACCUGGCCAUCCCUUCCUCUCCACCUUGACCACUGCUCUUUUGUCACCUGCAAUAUGAUGCAGCAUGAGGAGAAACCGUUUUGGGACAGUUGGUAGGCCUAGGCAGAGAUAUUCCUAGGAGUUUGCUACUCUGUCCUUUGUCGUACCUCACACCCCCUUUUUCAGCUAAAGAAUGUCAACUAGUGCCAUCUGAUGUGAGGUACUGGAAAAUAUUAUUUUCCAGUGUGCCAGGGACCAGUACCUUACUUGCUUUCCUGGAAAUUCACCAGGGACCCUCAGCCAAUAUCUUAAGAAUUAUUAUUUGUCCUUGGACCAUCACUUUGUGAAGCAUUGAUCCAGGAGAGAAGGAUGCUGAGGCAGAAUUGGCUUCACUUCCCAGGAGCAUUGACUUCACUCUCCACCUGCACCUGGAAGAAGAGUUAAAUGCUUCUAACAUCUUCUUCCUACCAGAUAAAGUACCGUGAGUGAGGAGAAGGCUGCACAGCCUCACGCCUGGUGUUUCUAUAUGCAUAGGUCUGUGGUUCAGUCCAUCAAACUGAAAAGCAUUUGGAAAUAAUGGUUGUAUGGUACAGCCUAUGUCCAUACAGGGAAAGCAUCUGUUCUACCAUCAGGGUAGAAGAGAAAGUUAGAAUGACUGAUUAAGCCAAAGUUAGCAGUGAUCCAUGAGGUCAUGAAGAGUCGGAAAUGACUGAAUGAAUAAAGAAGAAAACAGUGAUUUAUUUUGGGACAUAUUUGGUGACAGAAAUUGUCCGGGGAAUUCACUGCGUCUCUGAUACCAUACGUUUAGUGUGUUACUAGGUUUUGAAAAGGAAGGAAAUGGCCUAAAAGUGCAGAGCAAAUCAACUCUGAAGCCCCCCUAGGAGACAACUAUACUGGGCUUAAGUCAUGAGAUACCAUAGCACCAUAGUAUACUACUGCAUCCUACCAUAGUAUCUAACAAUAGAAUAAAGUAGGAUACCAACUCUGGAUACCAUGGCUUUCUAGCAAAGACAAAUCAAUGGGUCUCAGACCAAACCAAGUCUGAAGCCGCCUUAGAAGACAACUAUACUGAGCCUGUUGUACUUGGCCAAAUCAUGAGAAGACAUGGCUCACUGGAACAGAUAAUCAUGCUUGAUAAGGUAGAAGGCAGGAGGAAAAGAAGAAGGCUUCAAUGGGGGAAGUCACGGCCCUGAGUCUGCAAGACCUGAGCAGAGUUGUUGAUGAUAGGACAACAUGGAGCUUUCUAAUUCAUGGGAUUGCUGUGAAAUCAAUUUGUUGGCAAUAGUGAAGAGACCUCAUGUGUGUUACUUUACAUAACAAAGGUAUCCAGGUUACUUCCUUGUUACAGUUUUGGAAAAAGAACGUUGUCAGGCUCUUGUUAAUCCCACCAUUAUAACCAUCACCCAAAUAAUAUGUUACAGGCAAUGUUGUUACUUGUAAUGCAUUACUUCCAAACUGUAAGCACUGGGUUGGUGGUGAAUGGAUGGAAAGUGGUUGCAAGGGAGCUAUCAGUAGUUAGUAGAAAAGUAGGAUGCUUUCCCAGUUGAUGUCCCAUCUGCAGAGAAUGCAUAUAUACUAGCUUAUGCAGUGGGAGAAGCAAAGCCCAAAGAUCCACAUCCAGACAAGAUUAGCCCAGUGAACACACAUUUGGCUCAUCAACUCACCGAUUUGUCCCACUCAUUAGUGAGGCAGAUGUUUAACACAAGUAGCAAUGAUGGCUACUUUACAGAUGGAGACUAUAACUAUAAUCUAACUUUAGGUGUUAGAGAAAUUUAAAUGUCACUUUUGCCAUCUCCUGCUCUCCCUUUUAUUCUUUGCUGGACCAAGCAAUGUCUUGAACUUGACAGUCCCACUUAUUCAAAACCUGUUGUCUCUAGUGCUGGAGUUUGGCUUGCAUUAUUUUCCUAAUGUCCCUCUGCCAGGGCAUUCAGACUUUGCCUUCUGAUUGACAACUUGUGCACUGGUUUCCUGUUCAGGACUAUUCUUUCCAUAAACUUCUCAAGGGUUAAGAUCGGUGCAAUCUCCUGUUAUGGAAUAACAAUUUUGAACUCACUCAGACCUUUGAUUUGGUUAUUGAAUGGUUGCAAUUAUAGAUUUGUAGCAGAAGAAAACUUGAGAGCAUCAGGACUUUUCUCUCACCUCUCACAUCCUUACAGUGAAAAUAUAAUGUAACAAUUGUCCAAUUGGGUAGUAUUCAGUGUGCAUUGGAAAACACACAUGGCCUUUCAGACAACAAAAAACAUUUGGCAAUUUAAGAAUGGAUUCAAAGAGGAGUGUCAGGAGUAGGUUCUGAAAAAGAAUAAUGUAUAGUUCAAACGAAUUUUGGCUAAUGUACAUUUUAAAUUUACACUGAUUGAAACUAGAAGCAAUCAAAGUUUGCCAAUAGAAGUAUUAAAAGAUACCUGUUAACUAUUUAGCCUCCACUCCACUGAGGUGAAAGGCCAAUUUUAAGUAGUUGCAGCAGAGUGCCAAAGGUGUAGACAUUCCUGUCAAUUAUGAAUAAGUCAGUGGUUCAAAUCCGGGGAGCGGGGUGAGCUUUCACUGUUAGCCCCAGCUUCUGCCAACCUAACAGUUUGAAAACAUGCAAAUGUGAGAUCAAUAGGUACUGCUCCGGCGGGAGGUAACGGCACUCUAUGCAGUCAUGCCAGCCACAUGACCUUGGAGGCAUUUACGGACAACACCGGCUCUUCGGCUUAGAAAUGGAGAUGAGCACUAACCUCCAGAGUUGGACAUAACUAGAUUUAAUGUCAGGGGAAAACUUUUACCUAACCUAACGAACAGGAGGCAUGUUGGCCACCAUGUUUUAUAGGGGAGCAGCACUUGUGAAAUUGGGCAACUGUAUGUGAUAAAGCGAUAGAGAAUGGAGUAAUAUGAAAAAGCAGUAAUGCCUGAAGUAAGGAAUUUGUUGCUUAAUUCAUCAAGAGCUUGUGAAAGUGUAAGAAUGGAGCUGUAAGUCAAUGAUUUGUCCCAAAAGUGGGGUGAGCAACCUCCACCCCUGGGUUUGAAUGCAGCUUGAGAUCUCAUUUCAAAACCUGCAAAGAGUCAAGUCAGAUUUCUGGAAAGAAUGGCUUACUUCUUCCUUGGUAGCCAACUAGGUUGGAAGGGACAACAAAGCAAGAAAGUGGUAGGGAAACCAGAAAAGGAGUGCCCCAUCUUUGUUGAGUUCUGCACCUUCAUAGUGUUGGUUCAUCUUCAUCCACCACCAUGAGGCUCUCAUCUCAGCAAAUACAAUGGUUGCCCACCUCAGCCUAAAAGGACAAGAAGACUACAAGUUGCACUUUCUGGGUUAUAACUGAGAGGAAUAUUUUCCAGCUCCCCUCCACAGAGGUUUGGACCAAAAGACUUCUCUGUUAUGCGGAAACUGGCUGCUGGGUUUGAAAGUCAAGGAGAACCAAAGUGUAAAUUUUAUCAUACUCCUUGUUUCUCCUCUUCAUCAGUGACAUUUAGAAUGCUCCAAAAGGUGUGUGAAGGUUUUCUCAAGUAUUUUGUGGUGCGACCCAGUCUUGUUUCACGAACACUGGCUUUGGGAGGCGCUUCAUAUGCCUACAGUGACUGCAUAACCUAUUGCCUGCUAUUGAUGGUGGGCAUCAAGUUAAGGAAGGCUGCACAAUCUCCUGUGUCUUUCUUCAACAGUGUCUCAAGAAAGGAAUUACAAAAGAGAGGGCAGAUAGGGAAGAAAAAAAGGUGACCCAUCCUGGCAUUAGUCCUGCCCAACACCACGAUCAUGGUUGUAUUCUAAGGAAGAAAGGGGGUCACACAUCCCAUUGCAAUCGAGACUUGUAACAGGGCCCAGUUCAAAAUCAACCAACUCCUUGACUACCCAAUGUCUUGCAAGUUUGGCCAUUACUGAAUGUCUUUAAUGUAAUGUUUUUGCCUUCUGUCAGUGUUAUGUUUCCCUUAUUAGUGUUUAUACAACACUGAUCAAUAGAUCUGCAGCUAAAGGAACUUACAGCUAAAAAUAUUAUACUUGCUUUGUCGCAAUGGGUCCUGAAGAAUUUGAAACGUUCGACCUGAACUGCACUUUCUGACAUAACCAAAAAUAAUAUAUACCUAUCUAGAUUAGGUCACCAGGCAUCACUUAGCUUGGAUCAGAACCAUACCUUAAUCACAAAGAAAAGCAGCUGUAGGAAGAAGCGUUGAAGAACGUAUGUAUAUUUAAUUCUUGAGCCAUUUGCUGCUUCCCUAAAUCAGUAUACCUCCUCCAAGAGACUUUCCCAUCUCCUGCAGUGCCAAAAUCAUAGUGUAUGAUAUGCAAAAACUUCCUUCAGUUGCCUUUUUAGAGCUGUGAAAGGGUAGAGAAAGUAAACAAUUUGGAAGAGGGAAAUAAUUACUAGGAAAGAAAUUAUUGUGCCUUACAGCAUGUCUUUCUGAAGCUCUUUUUUAAAAGUAACAGUUCAGAUUGUGUUAACACUAUCAUAUAUAAUGUGCACCCAUCAAUAAAUAUGGACAAGUUGAUUUUCCUCUCAAACUGAGGGGUCAAAAAUUAUAAAACUACAGUGGGCCCUUUGGUCCUUCAUGUUAGAUAUGCUGAAAAGUCAAGACUAGCGAUUACAGAGGAACAUAAAAAGCAGAAAUCUUGAUGUACAUUCACAUUUUUUUUCUAGUCCAGAUCUUAAGCGAAAUUUUUAAUUCUUUAAAUAAAAUCAGGAAUUGUAUGAUGUGCAUCAAUAGCUCUGACAAUCACUGCAUGUUCCUCGGAUCCUAUGUAGGUGCAAUCCAUCGCAUGCAAUUUUCAUUAGGGGAACUUUGGAAAUGAAUGCCAAAAGCACAGCUGUGCUUGUGGACUGCCUUUCGAAGCCUCUGAUGCUGAUGCUGCAAAGGAAAGAAACCCCACAGAUGAACUGAGAUAGAGAGCGGUCAUGGUGGGCUGGCGAAAAGGGGGAUUGGCUCGUGGCCCUCGUUUCUGAGGAAAGGGAGGGGAGGGUUGGGCUAGUACAGAGUUCUAUUUUUGUCUACUAAAGAAUUUAUAUAUGAAUGUUAGCCAGAGAUGUGUUGAUAAUAUAUAUCUAUAUGGGAAGGAAUGGGGAGGGGGGAGAGGGAGAAAGCAGCAGCGGUAAGCUUGGUUAUUUUUAUAUCUGUAUGUUUUUCCUUCUUCAUGUACAAAUGGCAACACGAUUCCUGUUUAUUCAAAAUUAACACACAAGGAAAAUGAAA